UAGUGAGCUUUAGGCAUAGCUCCGUUGCCAGCUGAAAAAUAGUCCAUUUCCAAUAGCUCUGUGUGUGUGUGUGUGUGGUUCGUUUGUUGUAAGAGAAAAAGCAGCGAGUUUAAGAGCACGAGGAGACCAAUGGCCCCCACCCGCAGUGCCCCUUUCUGGUUCCUGACCACGCCGGGAAUAGCUCUAGCGAUCUUGAAUGUUCUGGCUGUUUCAUCAGGGUCCCAAAAGCUUUGGUACAAUUUAACUGCAAACUUCUACCCUGAACAGAAACAGUUCUCAUAUAUGAUCCAUGGCUACUUAAAUAACAGGAAAAUCCUGUCCUGUGAAGUCAAGUGUCAAAAUGUAGAUUGGAAGUUGUUGGAAAAAGUAGAUAUUGAAUAUCUCAUGAAACAGGAGAAGGAGCUGGCAGAAAUCCUUUGGAUCAUUUAUCAAAAAACUGAAAAAAAAGAAAGAUUUUAUACUCUCCAGGUCAUUCUGGGCUGUGAGCUCCAAAUGGACGGCUAUACCAAAGGCUUCUGGAACUACAGAUAUAAUGGACAAGACUUCCUCAGUUUAUCCCUGGAGAACCUGACCUGGACAGUAGCCACUCCGGAGGCCCAGGAAGUCAAGAAAACUUUAGAAAAAAAUAAGUCUCAACUGACCAUCUGGGCCUAUAUUCUGGGGCACUGUGCUGCUGAUCUCAGGAAUUACCAGAGGCAGAAUCCGGAGAAGACAGCUUUCUUUAUUUCAGAGACAGCAACACCUAUCUUAUAUCCACGUGGUUCUACGACAUCUGGGAACAUGCCCACUGGCACUAACGAUAGAGCUUUCACUGGAAUUUUUACUAUCAUCUCCAUCAUAAUUCUUGUGGUUGUCAGAAUGUGAAAUCCUCUUAAGAAGGAUUCAGACAAUUAUGUUUUUUCAGGUGAUGAGAAGCUUUUGAAGGUCUUUGAGCAAUGGAACAAGGAGCCACUCUGCAUCAAGAAGGAACAUAACUGAAUAGAAAUAUAUGGAGUCUUCUUCCAUUAGAUCAACCCUUCUCCAGAAAACUCUUCUCCAAGGAGCCAUUUAAACAACAAUCCUGUCACAACAACAUUCCUGUUGAAAUGGGGAAUUGAGCCACUCUCCAAAAGUCUUAAAUGGUGGAUAGAGCCCUGGCCCUGAAGUUAGGAGAAGCUGAGUUCAAAUCCAGCCUCAGACCACUUGACACUUACUAGCUGUGUGACCCUGGGCAAGUCACUUAACCCCAAUUGCCUAAAAAUUAAAAAAAAAGUCUUAAAUGACAACCAGCACUCUUCUAAUUCCCUAUCAGUACUGUACUAUGAGGGGCAGCGAGGUGUGACAGUGGAUGGAAAACUGGGUCUGGAGUUAGGCAGGAAUUGAGUUCAAAUGAAGGUUGAGACGGUCAGGAAGAGUCGUACAUGACUGAACAGCAACUGUGCUGUAAAUCUACCUGCCAACUUGUCUUCCCCUCUUGUGUCUCUGCUCUUCUUUUCUUUGUAUUCUGCCUAUAGUAAACACCUAUUGCUUUUUAAUUUUUUCAACUUUCCUUAUUGUUCCUAGGUUCAAGUUGGUUUGAAUGUAAGCAAAGGCUAGGGAAGCAGAAAAAAACAAGGUAGGGAUGAAAGUGACACAGCUUGAAUUCAAUUAAAUAAUUCAACUUUUUUUUUAAAGAGACUGCUGUCUGGGGCAGCUAGGUGGCGCAGUGGAUAGAGC